AAAAAAAAAUUUCCUACUUACCCCCCUAGAGUGAUUUGUUUUUGAACCCCCUGAAAUUUGAAAAUUGCACCCAGGUCCCAGUCAACACUCAGUCACUCAUUCCUCACUCCUCUCUCUCUCUCUCUUCCUCACGCACUCACUCUCUCACGGUCUCAACUCUCACCUUCACGAUCCAGAGUUCCAGACCACCACCGGCCACCAGCCCACCACCACUACACCAGGCCCCAGCCACCACCACGGCACCACUCAUUGAUUCACGGUUCGACUGUUUCAGUGUUCACUCUUUUCUCUCUCUCUCUCAACGCUGCAACCCACCAGGCGGCAGCCACAGCCCACCAACGCCACCAGUCCACCACCACCGCCCACCGGCGGCCGCCCAACGCACCACCACUCUCUCUCUCUCUGCUGCUGUUGAAGACUUGAAGCUUGAAGUGAAAUUAGACUGGGAAAUAAGCUUGUUGUCUUGGUUUGAGAUUGGAAAUUUGGAAUGUGAAGGGAAAUGAAUUCAUCCAUCAGAUGAUCAGAACCCAACUCCCUCUUUCCCAUCACCAGUCAACUCAACACUCUUUGCUCUGCUGAACGCGGGAUGGACUAAUAGGCUUGUCUAUUUAAUCUUUGAGGGAAGAAAAAGCUCUGAUAACACCAGAUUUUUGUUCCACCAGAUUUUGAACCCCCUGACCCCGGGGCAUUGCCACAGUCUACAAAAUGCUUUCUGGGGUGAAGUUCAUUCCUCGUGACCAGAUACAACAUGAUGACUUGAAUUCUGCUCCCAAAGAAAAGAAAAAAAUGGAUAGUAGGAGGAAAAAGCAUGAGAGGAAAGGAAAGGGAUCAAGGGACAGCUCUUCUUCUGAUGAUGAAGAGCUUGAUAGGGUAAAGAAAAGCUCGAGAAGGAGGAAGUGGUAUUCAUCGGAGGAAAAUUCUGAAAGUGAAAGUGACCAAGAUGACAAGAGACGGAAGAGGAAAGGGAAAAAGAAGAGGGAUGAUGAUGAUUCGUCGGAUUAUUCUGGUAAGAGAUCAACAAGGAAAUCAAGAUCCAAGAGUGGUAAAAAAGAAUAUGUAUCUGAGGAAGAUUCGUCUUCUUCUGAUAGUGGUGAUAGAAAAGGGAAGCGCCAAAAGUCAGAUAGAAAGGAUGGGAGUAAAAUGAACAAGAUCAAAGGUGAUGAGCAGGAAAUUACGAGGAAAGAGAUGGGUUUGGAUUGGAUGCUUAGGUCUGAAAGUAAGAGGCCUGCGGUUUCAGAAACAGAGGAGCCGUUGUUAGAGGAAGUUCCAGUCGAGGAGCCUGAGAAGGUGCAUCCUAAGGAAUUGAAUCCAUAUCUGAAGGAUGGUGGAAGUGGUUUUCCAGAAGAAAGUGAAGAGGGAAAAGUUGGUGCAGGUCAACUUCUAUCUUCUUCCCUUGUUGGGGAUGGAGGAGCAAGUUGGAGACUUAAAGCCUUAAAGCGAGCCCAAGAGCAAGCAGCCCGAGAAGGACGGAACUUUCAAGAGGUUGUGGAAGAAAGGUGGGGUUCUCUUGGUGAAUUGACUGUAUCUGUUGCGUCGCGCUCAGCUGCCCCAGCUCGUGCUCAUCUACGCGCUAUUAAAAACAGACAACAAGGGACAAGAAAAGAAAACUUACCAGAUUCUGAAAAGCCUACUCAAGGGGAUUCUAAAAGGCAGGACUACAUAAAAAAUGUUUCUGUUCGGCGCGAUGAAAUGAGAGAACCGAAAGUUCGAGAUUCUUUAUCAUGGGGAAAGCGCAAAGGCCAACAUGUAGCAGAGGGUGCUGAGGUCAUCUCUGCUGCAGCAUCCAGCUUAAAUAAAUUUGCUAAUGAUGGGAGCUUUCUACGUGAUAUUUCUAGCAAGAGCAGUAAUUCUGAUGGUUCUGUCUUGGGAAGUGUUGAGACAAAAAAGGUUCCAUCAGAAGCAAACACUCCAGGGGAAAGGAGUGCAGUAGCUAAGAAUGAGAUGAGUGCAAACCAGUUGGCAGCUAAGGCUAUGCAACUUCGCUUGAAAGGAAAGAAUGAAGAAGCUGACAAACUAAUGCAAGAAGCAAAGGUUUUGAACACUACCCAAGGCAAUCAAGAUCAUACGAUUAGAUCAAAAACCGAUGGAAGUUCUAGCAGGUAUGCUAUACAGAAGAUAUCUGCUCAACAGAAGAAAGGAGAGGAUGACGCUGAUAUGCAUCUUGCCCGCAAGAUCAUGCAGAACAAGCAGUUUAAAGUUUCUACACAGCCUGACGACGAAUACGAUUUUGAAGAUGGUCCAACCAAAAAGAAUAGAAAGAAGCAAGGAGGCGAUGACCGAAAAACUAUCCCGAAAAGGAUGAAUGAGAGUCGGUUCUUGACCCAGCAAGAGCGCUGCCUCUUUUGCUUAGAGAAUCCAAAUCGGCCUAUGCAUCUCACUGUGUCUAUUGCCAAUUUUACCUACCUUAUGUUGCCACAGAGGCAGCCUGUGGUGCCUGGUCAUUGCUGCAUUUUACCCAUCCAUCAUGAAUCAGCUACAAGAACCGUGGAUGAUAAUGUGUGGGUGGAAAUUCGAAACUUCAAGAAAUGUUUGAUUAUGAUGUUUGCAAAGCAAGAGAAGGAGGUAGUUUUUCUUGAAACUGUGAUGGGAUUGGCACAACAGCGCCGCCAUUGUAUGGUUGAAUGUAUUCCUUUACCACAAGACAUUGCUAAAGAGGCUCCUUUAUACUUUAAAAAGGCAAUUGAUGAAGCUGAAGAUGAGUGGAGCCAGCACAAUGCCAAGAAGCUUAUUGACACAAGCCAAAAGGGAUUGCGCAAUUCAAUUCCGAAGGACUUUCCUUAUUUUCAUGUUGAGUUUGGUCUGAACAAAGGUUUUGUCCACGUUAUCGAUGAUGAAACGCAGUUCAAUGGCAGCUUAGGGUUCAAUGUGCUAAGAGGCAUGCUACAGUUGGCGGAUGAAGACAUGUAUAGGCGUCGAAGGUACGAAGCAGUGGAGGUUCAAAAACAAGCAGUUGCUAGCUUUGCCAAAGAGUGGGAACCAUUUGACUGGACUAAACAGCUUCGUGAAUGAAACAUCUUAACAUCAUAUUGUAUAGAUUAGGCCACUUUGGCUUUUUAUGAGUUACUUCAUAGCCUAUGAUAAUCGUGCAGCGAUACUUACUAAAGCUAAAGUUUUGUAUUGUAACUUGUAAGCCCCCACCCAAGGAAAAGGAAAACAUUUAUUCAUUUUCAUGUAUCCGUUCAGUUCACUGAUCAUACAUAUUCAUUCCAUUGGUGCAUACUUGGGUGCCCAUAAAUUUAAACGAGUGUAAACUACAGGAGUGAGGUGUACCAAUAAUGUAUAAACACUUAAUA